GAGCUCGUUGAUACCGAAUCCCAAAAGUUAAAAUAAAAUUUCCUGUUAGAGAAAGUUUUUGUUUAAGAAAAUAACAAUUUAGUUAGUUGGUACCAAUGGUUUCAUCAGUUACGGCGAAUUUGGUAAUCGAGAAUUUUUUAUUACUUGAAACGUUUCAUUAAAUUUUGUCUGAUUUUUGCAAGAAAAUUAAAUCAUGUGAAGUGAACAUGACGCCACAAAAGUCCAUCGGUGAAGAAAUUAUAGUUUGAGGUGACGUGAAUCUCGAGAGCGAGCAUGUCUCUCCUGACCGGCCGCCUAGUGGUGGUGACCGGCAGCCGCCAGUGGCCCGUCCUGUCCGGGUGCUGGAAGCACGCCCACACCGCCACCGCGCCGUCCCCUAGCAAGCAGAGCCGCGACCAGCCCGUGGAGCCCGUUAUCCCCAUCUUCCGGUACGCCCCGCGGCACUGCGACAGGAUUGCCCUGCGCGACCGCCACGGGGACUACACCUACCGGGGCGUGUUCCUCAGCAGCCGCCAGCUGGCCGCCGAGAUCUCCUCGCUCCUCGGGGGCCGCAGGAACGAGCGGGUGGCGUUCCUCUGCCCCAACGAUGCUUCGUACCUGAUUGCGCAGUGGGCGUGCUGGAUGAGUGGCCAGAUAGCGGUGCCGAUGUGCCAUGGCCACCCGCCGCCCCUGCUGGAGCACUACGCGAGCGACUGCGGGGCGGGACUGGUGAUCACCACCCAGGAGCUGAGCCCCAGCCUGGACAAGGUGGCCUCGAGGGCGGGCAGCCGGCUCCUGGUGCUGGACGACGCCCUGCGCGUGCUGGCCAUGAAGCCCCCCGCGCCCCUGUCGCGCCUCGCCCAGCUCGACGAGGACCCCGGGGCAGCGCGCGAGGAGGUGCUGGAGGCCGGCCAGGAGCCGGAGUUCUACAGCGACGCGGCCGCCAUGAUCGUGUACACCGCCGGCACCACCGGCAUGCCCAAGGGUGUGGUAUUAACCCACAGCAACAUACAGGCCCAGGUUAUGUCGCUGAUACAAGCGUGGGAGUGGACGCACAAAGACAUUGUCCUUCAUGCCCUCCCUCUACAUCAUGUUCAUGGCGUGGUCAAUGUGUUGACAUGCCCUCUCGUUGUUGGAGCACGCUGUGUGAUGUUGCCUCGUUUCGAGUCGUCCCAAGUGUGGAGUCAGCUGCUGGCCAUCAACAUGCUGGCCAGUGAACGAGUCAACAUGUUCAUGGCUGUCCCCACGAUGUACGCCAAGCUGAUAGAGGAGUACGACAAGAUAUUCGCAAAGAAUGCUCGCAUGCAGGAGUACAUCAAAUCAGUUUGCUCCCAGAAGAUAAGACUGAUGGUGAGUGGGUCGUCUCCCCUGCCGGCCCCAGUUUUCGAGAAGUGGGCCAUCAUCACGGGACACCGCCUGUUGGAACGCUACGGCCUCACAGAGACGGGAAUGGUCCUCUCCAACCCUUUGCGAGGGGAAAGACAACCAGGGUUCGUCGGCGUGCCGCUGCCGGGCGUGGAGGUGCAGGUGGUUCACCCGAGGCCGGGCCCCGCCCCUCAGGUGCUCGUGAGGGGCGGCAGCGGCGGGAGCUCCGUGCAGUGCGCGGACCACCCCAGCGGCGAGCUGCAGGUCAAGGGCCCCGGCGUCUUCCGCGGCUACUGGAACAAGCCCCAGGCCACCAAGGAGCAGUUCACGGCCGACGGCUGGUUCAAAACAGGUGACACGGCUCAGUACAGCAAUGGGGCGUACAAGAUCCUUGGACGGACAAAUGUGGACAUCAUAAAGACUGGGGGCUACAGCGUCAGCGCGCUCGAGGUAGAGACCCACCUGCUAGGGCAUCCCGACAUCCGUGAGUGUGCCGUCGUCGGUCUACCAGACAUCACCUGGGGUCAGAAGGUGGCGGCUGUGGUUGUGGCAGAGGAAGGUCGGGAAGUGAUUCUGUCUAAACUGCGAGAGUGGUCCAAGGCGAGAAUGGCCCCGUACUGUGUCCCGACAGUCCUGAAAGUGGUCGACAAGCUGCCCAAGAACACCAUGGGCAAAGUGAACAAGAAAGACCUAGUCAAACAGUUGUUUCCAGAGAUUCCUGCGCCGUAGAUUUGAGUAGUAAUUGAUUGGUGCCAUCGGCACCUGAAUGGAACCCCAAAAGACUGGAGAGGUUUUGGUGAAUACCAAUGCAUAGGUCUCAUUCACGUCUGAAGAUCGAGUUAAUUUGCAUUAAUUUGUGCUUGUACAUUAUUUUUUCUGUUCUUGUAAAUAUUUAGUACUGGAAGAAUGCAUCUUUCUGCAUAUUGUGUGACCUAGUUUCUGCACUGUUUAUUUACGGAUUGUACCUAGUUUAUUUGCGUCUUUCCAAGAAAACUAUAUAUAUAUUGUUUUCUGAUCUACAAUUUUUCCAUUCCUUCGUUUAUAUCCACAUGAAAACUUUGAAAUGUUAGUUUAAAACACUAUUUUUGUAGACUAUAGAUUCUUAAAUAAAUUUUUAUUUUAUUUUGCAUCUUCUGAUUUUUGAAAUGGUAAUAAGUAAUAUAGUUUAUAAGCAAUAACAAUAAUAAUCUAAAUUUCUCUUAGCAGCACUUUUUUAUGCAUAUAAGUUGUAGCUAGGGUCAUGUACUUUUUACGAAAGGAUUUCCAGACCAGCUGUGUGUUAAAACUUUGUAGCAUUGUCUGUGUUUUGUGGUUGGCUGGGUUUAUUUCAGGUGCAUGUCUGUCGCAUACCAAUCAUAGCCACCCAGUGCGGGAGCUAACAUGUCCUGAAUGGCCCAACAAAAUAGGGCAAUGACUGCUACCAAUUACAAGGAAACAAUCGCUACUGCGGGCAUACCUAAUCACAUUCUAAUGGGCGAUCAGAUGAUUUUGCAGAACAUACAUGUUGUAGUUGCUGCCACCAGCUGUGUGUUCAUGCAGUCUUGAAAAUACUCAACACAGCACAUUCUUAGCUUGCCACAAACCAGUUAUCUGCACUUGUGUAACUUGCUCGAUUACUCCCACCCUUCUAGGUUCUUGGCUUAUUGCAUUUUCAUGGCAUAAUUUUUUUUAAUGCAAUUCUCACAAAUUUUUUUUCAUGUAUGCAUUUUAAAUUAUUAGGAGUAUGUAAGUAUUCAAACAAUGUUCUAUAUUAAUGAAUCAUGUGAUAUUCUGAACAAAAUUUGAUGCAAAUAAAAUAUACUGGAUUCACAGAAGCCCGUAAAUUAUGUUUUGUUGCGAAUUUUGUUUUCAGAUACAUGCUGCAUGCUGCAUGUUAUCUGCUGUUUAUUAAAAGUCAAGCACCUAUUUAUAAUUAACUUGACUAGUUGUCAUUGUCAUUCACUAGAGGUUAAUUACCUGGGUUUUCACAGCAUACAAAAUAGAUUCAGCAGUCUCAUUUUUAAAUUAUUUAUUUAUAUAAAACUGAGGUCUGCGCGCACGUUCCCGGUGACUUUAAGGUGUUAUGAAUGGGCGCCACCACGUAUAAGGGCACGUGGACCCGGCUGAGUCUCGCUCUCAGGGCGUGACGUAGCCCAGGUGGGGACGAGUUACCAGCCCUCUCUACCCUAUAUAGAUCCAGACCUGGCCCGCUCUAGGCGUCGGGCACGCCACACUCCUAGGCUAAGUAGGCUCACUCACCACGUGGUUAAAUAAAGUACAUAUGUUUUACUUAUAUCCAGAUUUAAUUUCAUGAACACGCAUCCCUUUACGCACGUUACACUUUAAACGGUUAAAAAGCCUGAGGCACGAACCGACUUAAGUGAAUGCAUGGUCCACCCACGUGGCCAUGCGAUAAAGUAUGCUUAGUACACAAUGUAUAAAAACUUGAAUGAGAUAAUUAAUUAUUAAUACAGUCUGCCGACCGAAAGCUGCCCCGAGGAUUGACGGACGAAAAGGUUUAAGAAUAAUUAAAGAUGCAGAAUUACUUGAUCGGUGGUUUACAACGGUUGAUAUCCCCGGGGUGCUGGCGCGUCUGCUCUCGGUCGGUGAUGAAGAUGAACUGGGCGAGAGCUGGCUCGUCUCGACUAACAUGGCGCCCCCGCGCCAACACAAUUACUGUUAUUACAUUCUGCGAUUCCGUGCCCCGGCGAAAGUUAAGUAAAUCUUAGAUUAACAUUAAAAAAUAUCUAAAAACUACUGGCAAUUUAAAGUACAUUAAUAUUUACGUAGUUAUUGAGAAUUUAUAUAAAAACAUUCCUACCCUCGUCCAAGUCCGUGCCUAUUCGGGUCCGCCCGGGCAACGUCUGUAGUUUUUUAAGUAACGUAAUAUUUAAAUUAAAGAAAUACAUGAGUUAACUGCAACAAAGCACUGGGGCAAAAAAAAUGAAUGAAAAAGGGUUUACAAUUCACAUUAAAACUUAACACUUUAGGGGGUCGCCGCACUGCUUCUAAGCGCCCUCUUGCCGGGCUAGAAACACACGCACGCACGAGCGGGAGGUUUGAAUAGAGGGUGGUGGUGGGAGGAGAGGGGUGGUGACGGCGUGAGGCACAUCGGGCUUAGGGAGGGCGUAGCCCCGGCCGACGUCAAAACAUUAGCAAAAACAGUUCAACAUGGCAGUCCAAGCCAAGCCCAGCCCCUUAAGGGUAGAGCAGUGAAGAGGGCUAAAGUUUUCAGAAUAAUUUUUAGACAUGAAACAAGAUUCUCAAAAGCCAUUUAAUAUUAUGGUUACCGUAAAAUUUCAUAUUUUUCCAAGUGUUAUUAAAAUAUUAAAAAUUAAUCAAACAUUUAAUUUAUAUUUUAUUAUGCUCUUCACCAAUUAUUAUAGUCAUAGUAUUUUUCUUCUUUCACAUGAUGACUGACACUUGAUAUUUUAAUAUUUUUUGAUAUUGUUCUAAUUUAGGUUGUCCUUUGUUAAGCAUCUCUAGCUAUUUUCUUUUUAAUUUUCAUUGUGGGUUGUCGUGCUUACAAAAUAACAGUCACAUGUUUGUCAUUGCUUGCUGAACUAGCAAUUUAAAUGGAAGUUUAAGUAUGUCAUUUACCAAUGAAAAUUCAAAGUCAGUCAUGCUGUGAACAUAUUAGUUUAUUCUUCUGUAAUGUUUGUUUCUUCAUUGUUAGUUAAUUUGAUUUGUAUGACAAAUCAAAACUUUUAGUUAUAAAAUAUUUAAUGCAAGUUUUUAUAUCACAUUGGCAAAGUUAGUGGCAUUGACUAGGUUUAUAUUUUAACAAUUUGUACUUAAUUUUUUUUGGAACUAUUUUUUCUCCAUUGUUCAUUUUAUGUUUCUUUAAAGAUAUAUAUGUGUGUGUGCAUGCUUUGCCUUUAUUAAGAUUUUUGUAUGAUGCUGUUGUGCAGCAAAUGCAUAUGUGAGCCUAAUUCAAAUAUUGUAGCGUGUGCUAUCAUUUCAAUGUUUUCAGUGUUGCAAAUAAAUGUAAUUUCUUGUAAA